AUGAUGCAUCAAUCUCCGUUGGCUCUUGCUCAACAGAACUACCGUUCCAGCGGCAGCAGCCAACCCGUUCAAGUACCUCCUAGCUACGGGCUGGCCGCGGCCACUUCGGCGGCCUCCACCAACCCACUCGCCCCAAGUAGAUCCGUCGACGUCCCCACAUACAGCGCUGCGGCCCCCAUCUACAACGCUGCGGCCCCCACCUACAGUGGGCCAGCCCCCACCUACAGUGGGCCAGCCCCCAGUUAUAGCGGCCCGGCUCCCACGUACAGUGCUGCGGCCCCCACGCUUACUGGCACGACUCCCACGCUUCCCGGCACGGUGCCCACUUACAGUGGCACGGUGCCCACCUACAGUGGCACGGUGCCCACCUACAGCGCUCAGCCUGCGCCUACUAACUACGCUCCAGCCUACACAUCUCCUGGUACCUCUUGCUCACCGCCGGUACAGCAGCAGAGCUCCGGUCUACCUGCCCAGCCGAGCAAGACUAUGGGAGUUUCUCUGGGACAACUGCAGACGGCUGGAAGCCGCUCGAUUCCUGCCGCAGGCUACUCCUCUACCACUGUUUACCAGCACCCCAAUGAUAGCUACGAGCCAGACAAGACGAUCAAGAAGAGCUCUAACGUUGUUUCUCAUAACGUUGUCGUCCCACCCAGCAACACCAUUGCUACGGGCACCGUCGGAUCCAUGCUGCCUCACCAAAAGCCGUACGCCUUCACUACAGUGACGUACGCUAAGCAACCCAAUGGCACCAGCUCGCUUUUGAACGAGUCUUACGCUGCCAAAUAUGCCUCAGCCCAGGAGAGUGGAUUGACCGAAACCUACGGAGGCCGCGGCCACAGGACUAGAUUCGUUCGCAAGCAACGGGGAAUGUGCGGCGGACUGAACGAAGCCAUGGGCGGUACCUAUGACUCCAACGGCGGAUUUUGCGGCCUCUUCAAUUUUGGCUGUUGCGACCGGGGCCAGCGGGUCCCCGUCGAUAUUGAAUACUCUCCCGAUGCAUUCUAG